UUUGACUGCAGCUGUUGGUUGUCAAAUGUGCAUGUGUGAUUCUGAUGGUAGUGUGGAUAGCAAUUGCAAUAAGACAACUGGCAUAUGCAGCUGCAAGCCAAACAAUGUAGGUAAUGAUUGCAGCAUCUGUGCUGAAGGUUAUGCUGGUCCUGGAUGUACAGAUUGUGCUUCUGGGUUUACACGAAAUGGUGGAAAUGGUGGCUGUGUGCGAUGUCAAUGUAAUGGUCACAGCAUGGUGUGUGAUUCCAUUUCUGGUCAAUGUACAAACUGCAUGAGCAACACUGCUGGUGAUCGUUGUGAAUUGUGCGUUUCUGGCUUUUUUGGAGAUGCCACUGGUGGCACAUCGUCUGACUGUCAACCUUGUGACUGCUUUGUUCUUGGUGCAGUCAACAAUAGUUGUGCUAGUGAUGGUAGAUGUAACUGUAAACCUGGCAUUGAUGGUGAGAAGUGUGAUAUUUGUCGUUCUGGGUUUUUCAACAUAUCACAAUCUGGAUGUCAAGAUUGUAUUUGUGAUCAACUUGGGUCUCGAAAUGCAUCUUGUGAUAUGAUGACAGGACAAUGUCACUGCAAGCCUGGUGUUGUUGGUUUUAAGUGCGAUGAGUGUGAUGCAUUCUUCUUUAAUUUUUCAUUGGCUGGAUGCAUGCCUUGCAAUGAUUUCUGCAUUGGUCAACUGCGCGCACAGAUAUCAGAUGCUGAGGCGUUGGUUACUUCAGCUACUGAAAACUUUUUGAAUCGAAUUGAUUCUUUGGAAGUAUUGGAGCAGCAGCUGUUGGUGCUAAGCAAUGAUAUUGCUAGAAAGAAGGCUGAGGUAACGACAAUGCUGUCAAAUUUGCAAGAUUUGGAAAUGGACAUUAGGAAGUUGGAGAUGAGUGUCGCACAAUUGUUGAAUAGAACGUGUGAUUUAUUGGAGAAGGUUCAGUCAUUGAAGACUCGUGCAGAUACAGCCUACGAUCAGACAAAUAGUCGAGUAGUUGUAGUUACAGCUAUUCAUACUGAUGCUACGAGUGCCUUGAGCACUGUUGAACGCGUUGUUCAACAAAUUGAAAUGAUCCUUACUGUUGUUCAACAGAGACGUAUGGAAGCAGAGAACUUAGUCGACAUGACUCGGUCUAUUCUCACGAAUUUUACUCGUGAUUUCAAUACUGAAGAGACAAACAUCAGUGAUAUAAAAGACAAGGCAGAUGCAGCGAGCGUUGUUUCCAAUGCUAUGCUUGCUAAUGCUACAGCAUUUACUGAUUUGUUGAACAGCUUCAGAAGUUCACUUACUCGUUUGGAAGAACUUGAAAGGAGUGUGGUUGAUGAGGCAGCUAAUGCUCUUGUGAUUGCUCAAGAUGCAAGACGAAUUUCCAGAGAAGUUCAAGACAUUUUGGAUGAAGUUGAUACUUUAGAACAGUCAAUCUCUGGAGCAAUAGAUGCAGCUGAAGCUGUCCUUAAUAACACGGAUAGCAAAAAUUUACAAACAGAGAGUUUGCUUCAGAUGGUUAUCAGUACAUUUAUGUCUGCAAAUGUUACUCUGGCAGGGCCUCACGGCGUUGACUAUCGUUUAAGUAAACUUCAUGAUCAGUUUACCACAUUCUCUGCCAACAUCAAUGAAGUGGAAGUGAGAGUCAAUCAGUCUGUAGAUCAUGCAUAUAGUUUGAUGAGGCUUGCAGCAGAAAUGGAGAGAAUCUUUGCUCCAAGUAGGAGCCGAGGAGCUCCAGCUGUCAAAGUUGUUAAUGACUAUCGUGAUGUCUCUCAAUUAAUUAUUAAUGCUUUGAAAAGUGCUGAACGUGCAGUUCACAUAGUGAAUGCGACUAUUGCACAAGUUCAAAAUCUCACAGCACAGAAUUUGGUGGGGCAGGUUAUCAUUGCAAAGGUUAACAGCCAGGUGUUAUUAACAAAAGCACAUGCUGCGAACAAAACUGCACAUGAUCUUUAUUCUGUGAAAGAGAUGGCCGAUGACUAUGUUCGUAGUGCUAGUCAUUACGUGAUGUUGGCCAAGGAGGCAAACGCUAAUGUGUCAAGAGCCAUUGAUGAACUUCCCAAUGUUGCUCUCGCCUUAGAGUCUGUUCAUGAUAAUACAAAGUGUGUUCAGGACAGUGUAGUGCAAUGUGAAGGGAUUCAGGCUGCUACUGAGGGACGAUUAGCAAGCCAACGAAAUACACUUUCUAAUGCUGAAGUUAUUGUUGGAGAAGCAAAUGAGACAUACAGUAUUGCUGUACACACCUUGCAAAAUGCCACUAAAGAGUUUGAAGAUCGUCUUGAUGAAAUAAAAGUAAUAGGUGCAAAACGUAAUGAAACAGUUGUACUUCGUAAUACAGUCAAGAGUGAGAUAACAAGGCUUAGAAGCAAGUUGGACAGAGUUAGAUCUAUAGCUAACAGAUGCCAACGGAAACUGGUGUUUCAAGAGGACAGUGUGCCUGCACAUUACUUUUUGCAUAAUGAAACAGAUGAUGGUAUAGAAGCAAGCUCACGAUUUACGAUGGUGUCUUUUUAUUUCUUUCCUCGAAAUGCCAGUGGAACAUUGGUGUACAUUGGCAAUCACAGAAAUGCAUCAAUACCGAGUAUGUACUUCUUUGCUGUGGAGAUGGUAGAGAGCCACGUUUGGUUGAAAUUUAGCACUGGUAGUAGUGGUGUGGCUAUGAUGCAUGAUGAGACAAUUAUGAGUGACCAGUGGUAUCAUGUUUAUGCUACAAGACAUUAUUCUCAUGGUGCAUUGACUAUCACUGGACCUGAGGGUAAUUCUUCCACUGUGUAUGCGAGUGAACCAAAGGCUGGUGCAACAGGAAUGUUAUCUCUGUCAAUGGGAAUUGCUCUGUUUGGAGGGUUGGACACAUCUGUAGUUAAGGACAACAGUGUUGUAUCAGAUGGUUACAUGGGAGCUUUUGAUGGGAUCAAGAUCAACAGACGAACAGUAACUAUAGCUUCCCUGCAGUUUGCCAGUGUCAUCAAUGUCACUGAUUGCCCAAUUCGGAGACUUGUUUUGGAACCGAGUGUGAGCGCAUAUUUCUAUGGCAAUGGUUUUCUACAUGUCAAUCAGACGAAAAUGAUAUCAAGCACAGAGCUGGCACAUGUCUCUUUGAGGUUCAGCACGAGCCAACGUAAUGCUCAGAUGCUUCUUAUCGCAAAUGACGAACAGGACACUUUCUUGUCUAUCUCUGUGUAUGACCACCACCCAAUGAUCAUGUGGGGCUGUGGAAACCAUGCUAGUGUUGGUAUAGUAUUGGUCACAGAUGUGACAGUCAGCAAUGCCCCAUUUAGUUGGUAUACUGUGGUUGUGAACAUCACAGCAAAGAACAGAUACUGUAGAAUGGAUGCAAACAUUAAUGGCCAGACAGUUGCUGGAUUCCAGUUGGGUGCAGCCGAUUUAUCAAGUUUGAAUGAGAACUUGUACAUAGGAGGACUUCCUAACUCAUUCAACAGCUCAAGUGGUGCACUUAAGAUGUUCUUCACUCAUCUGCCUGGAUACACAGGCUGCAUGAGAGAUGUCACAUUUAACUCUCCAACUCCCCUCUACUUGACCUCAGCUGUCAACCACUUCAAUGUAGACUUUGAAUUACCGUGUGAUUUUGAGAGGAUAGCCGGUGCAUCAUUCAAGGGAAUGGGGUAUGCUCGACAUCCUCCUCCAAUUGGACACCGGUUGAUUGCUUUUAGUACCUUCUUGAGGCCGCUAGAACAAAAUGGCAUUUUGUUUUAUACUGUGAAUCCAUCUAAUGCUACUAUUGAUUAUAUCUAUAUUGCUGUGUUUCACGGGGACAUUAUAUUGCUGGCUCGUAGGAAUGGAAGAACGUACAAAUUGGUUUCAUCGGGUGCUUACUUACAUGAUGGUUUUAUUCACUCAAUGUCAUUCACUAUAUCUAAUAACAAAAUUCAGUUGAUUGUGGAUGGUGUGGUGGUAGCAACUAUGAAUGGAAUCGAUCGAUUUGAUGUUACACAAAAUGUUUUUAUUGGCGGCAUUUCAUCAGAUAUGUUGGAGAACAGUGCCAUCAACCUUAUUCCUGACAUACCAGUGACUAGUGGAUUUGUGGGCUGUUUACAAGAAACAAUUUUCAAUUACAAUGAGGGAAUUAAUCUUGAAUCUCCAUCAGUGGUACUUGAGAAUGUUGAUCUGCAGGGAUGUGCUGCAGCACCAUUGAAACCUCCUGCUCCUCCAAGUACUCGUCCACCACCUCCUUUUCCUCCACCUCCUCCUUCAGUCCCUACGCCAAUGCCUACACCAACUCCUACUCGUUUACCUCCACCUCCUUUUCCUCCACCUCCUCCUUCAGUCUCUACGUCAAUCCCUAGACCAACUCCUACUCGUCUUCCUCCUCCUAUGCCUCCUCCCAUGUUUCCCACUCUUACAACUGUGCUCACAAUGCCAACUUCAACACCUGUAUCAUCUACUGUUGCACCAACACCCACUUCAACGCCAACACCAACUCCAUCACCGAGUCCUGUAGUAUGUGCCGAAGAGCCGUUGGUAGUGGAUUCUGAUGCUAAAUCGACGACGUCUAACCAGAACAGCUACUUUAGAUUUGAUCUUCCAACUUUUAGUGGAACAAGGAGUGAUGUAGCACUGCGCUUCAGAACUGGGUCGUCUGAAGGUGUUCUUAUGUAUAUUGAACAUGAUGAUCAUGGGGAUUUCUUUGGAGUAGAAAUGCGGGAAGGACGAAUUCGCUUAGCAUUUAAUGCAGGGUCAGGCAUAGUUGAAGUUACCACGAAUGGGAAGUACAAUAAUGGUGAAUGGCACUCGGUUUUAGUUAAUCGAGAGAGAAAUGAUGCAACUCUACAAGUGGGUAGCGAGACUGUCAGAACGCCUCCCAACAGUAACACUUUAUUAAGCAUUGGAACUAACAGGAAACUGUACAUUGGUGGCACUCCACUCACUAUCAAUGGUACUGUGUUUGCUCCUAAGCAGUUAUUAAUUUUCCCAGAGACUAGUCGUCCAGAUGUCAUUGCUUGCUUUAGGCUGAUCAGAGUAAAUGGUCGUGCAUAUGACUUCUUUAAUCCAAGUGACAGUAACUUAAUUGGUGAUUGUAAGACGACGACUCCAGGCAGUGUCUUCUAUUAUGGAACUGGAUACUUUGGCUACUACUUGGACUCCAGCAGGAUUCAAUAUAGUAUCGGACAGUCUUGGUUCCCUUCAGUCAACUUCACUAUUUCUUUGAGUUUUCGAACAUUUCAAAAGGAUGGUAUCUUGUUCUAUACUGACAAUCCUGAUAUUCCCGACUAUGUGCUCAUCCAGUUUGUCAAUGGCUCGAUCAACUUUAUAUUUGAUAAUGGAGAUGGUCCUGGUGAAGUUCUACUGAUGGUACCACCCACUAACUUCAUUACUGUGUGUGAUGGUAACUGGCAUGAACUGGUCAUACGAAAAACUCAUCUUGUGGGUGAAAUUGUUUUGGAUGGGAUACAUGUCGCUAAUGGCAGUGCACCUGCAGGAAGAAUAGGAGUGGAUACAUUUGCACCCUUGUACUUUGGAGGACUUCCAAACAACCCAAAUUUUAAGACAAGGAAUGACAUUAUUGGGUCUGAGGCUAUUCGCUACAGGGGAUGCAUUCGGGACUGGCUGCUGGUCAGUUCAGUCUCAACACUGGUGCCAAACUAUGGCGAAGUUUCCACUUUUCUCCAGGGAAUUGAGCCUAGUGGGUGUGGCUUUGCUUAAAAAGGAAGGCUCAAGCGUUAACUUUUGUGGUUGUUAUGUUGAGUCAUAUCAUGGUUUGGACAAGACAGUCUUACAUGUUUUAGGAACAUUUUAGAUUUGUUUUUAGUUGGUAGAUUGUUUGUUGUGAGUGAUUUCUUUGUCAUAUUUUAGCUAGCCAGCUUGGUAGUUAGUACUGGUAGAAUGAUGGUUAGAAGAAGUAGAGUGCUAUGAUAUCUACCAACAGUUUGUGAUCAACAUUUGGAGUUGUAAUAAAUGUGUAGACUACUGAUGUAGGGUGUGAUGA